GAGUUAAAGGGGUAUAAAUUAAGUCUGUAUACAGAGGCCAAACAACAAUCGCAAAAGGAGCGUGAUGUGACGGCUCACACGUGGUCGAGAUAAACUAAUUAGGCAUGUGAUAGGCCUUCUGCAUAGAUAAUAUCAGACUAGGAUGACAUCUUCGUUCUCUUUAAGAAGAUAAAUAUUACAUAAGAAGGUAUUAGCGGUACAAUCUUUGAACUGGUUAUAUGACUAACAAUACAUAACAUAAGAUAUUACCAAGGGGUCUCACAUGCGCUGGAAACUAGAAAUUAAUAAUCUAAUUUGAUAUAUACAUAUAUAUGUAAGUAGAAUGGCGUGGAAUAACUCUGGAGAAGAUACAACAAGCGUCGAUUCAUCGUAUACCGAUUUUUACGACAUCAGUUUCCUUGAGGCAUGUAUGGAAUGUGACACUGAAUCACUUUACGACAUCAUAUGUAGCGGUGUGAUGUCAGAACAAAUAAAUGAAAGAGAUAAAUCAGGAAAAACAGGAUUCAGUCACGCAUGCGCAAAUGGGUUUCUUCCUGUUCUUGAACUGCUUGUGGACGUUGAUGAUCUUGAAGUGAAUCUUCCUGAUAAGGAUGGAAACACGCCUCUUAUAUUCGCUGCACAGGCAGUUGCUCACUUUCGUAACCGCACUGAAGAUCUAAAGAAUUCAGGGCGAUGUCUGUGUAACGAAAGUGAAAGACUAAAACUGCUGACGCUUCGUGAUGAUGCAAGGUCAUGCAGACAUCGUAUCCUACCUCCUUCACAACUACCGCAGAGUGCGGAUAGACCAGGUGAACAGGACAGGCUUUACUGCCUUAAUGAAGGCGGCGAUUCAGGGGCGAACACGAUGUGCACAGUUAUUACUAUGGGCUGGUGCAUCUGCCAAACUUAGAGAUCAAGGACGUGGUCUCUGUGCUGUGGAGUGGGCAAAGUUUUGUGGACGUAAGGUUUGUUCCGACGCCAUAAUGGACUAUGUUGCAAGCAAGCGUUCAUUUCUUCGCCGAAAGGCUAAGCAGAAAGAGAAAGAAAAGACAGGUUCAAUGAAAAAAUCACUGAGUGAGCCCGAUCUUAAAACGCCAAGCCAAUCUAUUGAUGUCCCAAUGAACAAGCGGCGUGUUCAUAGCUUUAAACGAAAGGUUAAGAAGGCGUUCCAUAUAGGUUAUGUCCGAGGAAAGGAACAUAAUUACAGCCUCACUGCCCAUGAUAAGAGUCCACUGAUAAACAUAAUGCGAUGUGUAUCUACUCCUUUACUACCUUUUCUGACAAAUGGUAGUGAUGCUCUAAUGCCAAGUGUUAUGUUUCCUCGCACUGUUAGCGUAGGGGAGGGACUGAAUUCCUACACAAAUGUGCCUACCUUACAGAUCUCAAGACCAGACUCCGAGACAAGUAUACUGGAUGUAAAUGACCAGGAUCGUGCUCCGGGUCUGGUGAAACGUAGAAUUAGGAACGCUUUCUCCCUGAAGAAUCUGACAAGGAAUACAACUGCCAACAGCGAUACGUAGUUCCAAUCAAAUACUUCAGUCCGAAGAACUAUUAAUCAAAAUUGGUUAAAAUGAUAUUUAGUUUUAAUUGUAUAUACUACAUGUAUUUUUUAAAAUAUACUCGAGAUACAUAAUUGUUUGAAACAUAUACUGUGCAUGCUGUACAAUAAAGAUUUAA